AUGAGAAGGGGUAGGGACAUAUGUGACAUCCUUGCCAAAUUGCUUGAUGAUGACCAUAUUAGAUCUAUCCUCUGCCUUGUCACCAAGCCGCCAGCCUCUUUGCCUGAACACUUCCAGUUCACAUUAGCGCUUGUUAAGGGAUGGCAUAAUGACGCAAAUUACGUUAAGGACGUUAUACAAACAAAUAUCGAAAACUCCGCCAAGGAGGUAUCUAUCCAUCUAUAUAACGAAACAUCGAAACUCACAGAUGCAUUGCGUAAUGCGUACCGUAAUAAGCAUAGCACAUAUGGCGAGAAGAAUCAUCUACCUGCAUACGCAGACGUUUCUAGUUUAGCAAUGCCGUCAGCAUGUAUUGACCGUAACCAAGAGGUAUACUGCGCUCCGUAUCUGUCAUCGCUCUAUAGGGACUAUUACAUCUGUCUACCAUUUAAGAAUUCUAACACGUAUUUGUCCUGGGCCAUAUACCUCCCAUGGACAUUUUGGGAUCUACUCAACAAUUUAUAUAACGCUUUCUGUGAAAUCACUUGUGCAGAUUGGGGAUGCCGUGGAUGUCUUAGGGGAGACAAGUGCAAGAGUGGCAAGCAUGGUGUCGUUGAAGAUGAGAAGAAAGCAGACGCCGUGUGUCAGUGUUCUUCAAUAGUAGCCUGCAAAGGCGUGGCACCGACGCUCUACCAGUAUGGAUUCACGUUUGGUGAGGCGUCGACGUUGAAUGGUGGUAAGACGGCGAAGAAGUGUUCCGAUUUCUGUACUCAAUUACAUAAUGUGCUGCACUCCACAUAUUUCGACAAAUUAUUUGAGCAAUGUGACAUGUUCCUCUGGAAAAUCAGAGAACCAUUCUCCCUGACAUUGGUCGCCCUCUGGUCGCUCUCGCUCCUGUACCUGCUGCACAUCGCCGUCGUCCGCCUCGACUUACUCCGCAUACGCUCCCACCUGAGAUCACCCUCGCUACCGUGA